UGUAAUUUUGGUAUGGACAUUACCAAUUCAUAACAUUUCAUCAAAGCAAAAUGUUAUAAUAGUAAUAGCAUUUUGUAGUUGUUGACAAGUGACUUUUUCAACCAAAUAAAUUGAUUAAUGAAUUACCUACUCAAUACUAAUACAUAAUUUCACGUUUCCAAGCAAACUUUACUUAAUUGUAUAGCAACGUGGCGAAUUCAAGUAACAUGAAGACCUUUCAGAUUGUGUAUUAGUAUUCACAACGGGUGUAUAAAAUGCAGCCUUUAUCUAAAGAAGUAGUUAUUUUUAGCAACAUAUUUGGGGGUUUCCCAUUAAAAUUCACUAUAGACUCAAAAGAUAGGAAAAGAAAACUUAAAUUUUCAUUUUUUGUUUUCUUUUGGGGAUUAGUCCUCAUUACAUUACAGACAAUUCUGUCAGCCAUUGGAGUGUACACGGACUUCAGCAAGAGAGUUGCUGAUCAGCCCAAAUGGAUGUUUAAUGACAAGUCAGGCUUUGUGACACUUAUAGACUUUCUCUCCUUUAAUCUGACGUUGGUUGUUGUCUUCUUCAGCUGUGCCAGGAAAUACCAGCAUUUCGUCAGUGUCCUUCAGAUCCUAGAACAUGUUGAUCAAAAUCUUCACCAAAACGUACUAGAAGUGAAGGCUAAAGCAAAAGUGUCAUUCAUAUUCAUUGUCACUACAGGUUUAUUUGUGUACAGUAGUCUUUUGGGUUACACAAAAUUUGUUAAGUUAGAUUACAAAGAUUACAUUAAAUCAAUUUUCUACGUUCUCCCACUGUCCAGUUGUUUUGCUCAAGUAUCCAUGUUCCUCCACUUCACCCAAGUCACACAAAGUGUUGCUACGAGGUUUGGUAUUAUCAAUGCCAAGGUCAAAGAAGAAGUGAUGAGGAACAUGAGGCGACGAAAAAUAAACAGUCAAUGUCUCCCGAGUGUCAAUGUCCCUCAAAGUGAUAGAGGACUGUCAUCCAUUUGGAAGAUAAAGUCCCUUAUGAAGACCUACUGGGAACUAUGUGACGCUGUACACCAGGCCAACACCUUUUAUGGAGAUCAGCUGAUGGUCAUCUUCUUUAAUUCGUUUGCCCAUAUCACAAUCAGUCUGUACUACUUCUCCUACAGUGUAAUCUACGAGGACACAAUCAUCACCGUUCUCAUGGGAACUUGGUCCAUUGCUCACGUUGCUUACCUGGUCCUGUUGGUCCAUCCAAGCACACUGGUGACUAAACUGGCCGCUGAGACGGCACCAGUGAUCUGUAAGUUGAUCAACAUGGAUUUGGAUCCAGCGUUGGUGAAAUGCCUUGAAGAAUUUUUGCUGCAGUUAGGCAAACACAAACCAAGAUUAUCCGCACUUGGAUUUUUCCACAUUCACAACUCUACCCUGACAGGAAUGGCAGGUGCAGUGACUACCUAUCUGGUUAUACUGAUCCAGUUCCUUCUAUAAACAUAGGAACUGGUAUCUGGAAACAUCG